UUUAAAGAGAGAUGGUGUCAGAGGUGUGUGAACCAGAACAACUCCAUCUUAUACAGGAGCUGGGUAAAAUGAGGCUGAAACCUACUGGACUGCAUUCCCAGACAGUUAAGGCAUUCGAAGUCACAGGAGGAGACAGGUCAGCACAAAAUACAGGUCAUAAAGACCUUGCUGAUAAAACAGGUUGCAGUAAAGAAGCUGGCCAAAACCGACAUGGUCCCAAGAGGGACCUCUGGUCAUCCUCACUGCUACACUCCCAUCAGCGCCAUUUACAAAUCCUAUGGCAAUGUCAGGAAGUUAUCCUUUAUGGUCUAAAAGGGGAAGGCGUGAAUAGUCCACCCCUUGUUUAGCGUAUCACUGAGAAACAACCAUAAAAGUGGGGUAACCAGCAGCCCUUGGGGCUGCUCUGUCUAUGGAGUAGCCACUCUUUUUAUUCCUUUACUUUCUUGAUAAUUUUGCUUUUACAUCGCACUGUGGACUUGCCCUGAAUUGUUUCUUGUGCGAGAUCCAAGAACCAUCAGUUGGAGUCUGGAUCGGGAUUCCUGUCCUGUAACAUUUCUGGCGACCACAAAGGAACUAUUGUGCAGAAACCCUGACUCAAUGGCUACCUUUGGGGCAGUGAUGCUGCAAGCUCGAACACUAGGACCACUAAGGGAAAGGGAGCCCAGAAGCCUGGGAUGCUGGCAAAAGGGAUACAUUUGGAGAAAUUGGUUAUUUUACCAAGGCUUUGCCUGGAAUGGUGUGCUUUCCUUUAAGGAAUCAAACUUGUAGAGCCAAUAAAAGCCCUUUGGGGAACUGGCCUCAUACCUUGCCUACACAGUUCCUGUACAAGGUUUCUGACCUAUGUUGAUUAUGGAAGAUUCCCACAAGAGUACCACGUCAGAGACAGCACCUCAACCUGGUUCAGCAGUUCAGGGAGCUCACAUUUCUCAUAUUGCUCAACAGGUAUCAUCUUUAUCAGAAAGUGAGGAGUCCCAGGACUCAUCCGACAGCAUAGGCUCCUCACAGAAAGCCCACGGGAUCCUAGCACGGCGCCCAUCUUACAGAAAAAUUUUGAAAGACUUAUCUUCUGAAGAUACACGGGGCAGAAAAGGAGACGGAGAAAAUUCUGGAGUUUCUGCUGUCACUUCUAUGUCUGUUCCAACUCCCAUCUAUCAGACUAGCAGCGGACAGUACAUUGCCAUUGCCCCAAAUGGAGCCUUACAGUUGGCAAGUCCAGGCACAGAUGGAGUACAGGGACUUCAGACAUUAACCAUGACAAAUUCAGGUAGUACUCAGCAAGGUACAACUAUUCUUCAGUAUGCACAGACCUCUGAUGGACAGCAGAUACUUGUGCCCAGCAAUCAGGUGGUUGUACAGACUGCAUCAGGAGAUAUGCAAACGUAUCAGAUCCGAACUACACCUUCAGCUACUUCUCUGCCACAAACUGUGGUGAUGACAUCUCCUGUGACUCUUACCUCUCAGACAGCUAAGACAGAUGACCCCCAAUUGAAAAGAGAAAUAAGGUUAAUGAAAAACAGAGAAGCUGCUCGAGAAUGUCGCAGAAAGAAGAAAGAAUACGUGAAAUGCCUGGAAAACCGAGUUGCAGUCCUGGAAAAUCAAAAUAAAACUCUAAUAGAAGAGUUAAAAACUUUGAAGGAUCUUUAUUCCAAUAAAAGUGUUUGAUUCUUAAGAAAGAAAAUAUUUUUGUGAACUUGCAUAAAAAUUAAAUGGAUUUCUUAGUGGAGUUUUAUAACUUAAAAGGUCAAAAGUUAAGCUUUUUAUUUAGGCUUUUCCAACUCAAGGAUAACUAUCUUAUGCACGAUAUCUAGUGACAGAAGGAGAAAGUGAAAAAUGACCUCAAGGAAACUGCGGGCACAACUGGAAGCUUUCUAGAAAUUAAACAUAUUCAAGGAGCAAGAAAUGGACUUUCAGCAGUCUAAAUUUUCUAAAUAACCAAUAGUUGCCAAUCCAAAAUGGCAGAGAAGAUGAAAUUUGAUAAACUGAAUUUUUAAAAGUAAAUCAAUUUACCCUACAGGUUUGCAUUUCUGUUUGCUGAAAUUUACCUUUUUUAGUUAUAUAUGUGUGUGUGCGUGUUUCUGCCAAUAAAUUCUAAAUUACAAAGGUAAGAGAAAACCUAGUACAUUACUAAAUAUAUAAAGUAUGUGUUCUGAUUAUGUAUACUUGUUCUAGUGUCAAGUCUUUUUAAGUGGGUUUUUUAAAGUUUGUUUAUUGGACUUGAAUGGAUUUUUGAGAGUGGGUUAAUUAUUUUUAAGAUCUUAUCCUAAAAGGCAUCUAAGGUACAUGAAUGGAGUAUGGUGAUUUUGUAACAUUUUUUAUCAGAAUGGAAAAAGAACUGUUUAAAAGUUUGAUACUUUUAAAUAGUUGUUUUUUUUUUCGCUUACUCUGGUAAUGGUGAUUUUCUACAAAUACAUAAUAAAUUGUUCUUUUGAUUCUAUAUUCUGUAUGCAGUUGAAUAUCCAUUACUUAUUCUGCUGUGCUUUAAUAGAAUGGAAUGUUUACAGGUCCUUAAAAUAUUAUUUUUUGAAAACCUUCUGAAGAUGCAUACCAAAGUUUUUCCAAGAAGAUUUUAUAAUCAAUUUAAUAAUGUAAGGUUUAUCAGAUUCUAUUAUAGUUAUUAAGGCAAUUUUAUGUUAGAGACUAUUUUGUAAUGUAGUGAAUGGUACCUUUAUAAGAAAAGUGACUGCCAAUAUAUUUUUAUAGCUGAUCUUUAUAAAUUCUAAUGUUGAGUUUUUAAUGAUUAUUUUAAAUGUUUAUAUAGUUUAGUAAAAUUUGCAUCUCAAAGUAUCACUUUUAUAGGAAGUAAAGUUUUCAGAUUGGCUAAUACUUGCUUUGUAAAUUUUGUAUGCAGUUUAUCUAAAAUUCAGAAAUACUGUCAGUACACCAGUGUUUAACAUCUGUAUUUCCAAUUUGUAUACAGUUUAAAAUUGUACUGCAGAACUGUUGUGUGCUUCUUACACAGUAUGUAUCAUAUUGUUGUCUGUGAAAUUAAAGAACAUUUGAUAGUCUACCGAAUGUAAAA